GCAUUAGUUAAAGUCGAUUCCUGCUCACAUUGUUCUCUCUCUCUCUCUCUCUCUCUCUCUCUCUCUCUCUCUCUCAUAAAACUAUGCGUGUAUAUAUGUAUACUUAUAUAAGCUGAACAACAAGCAGCAAGAGAUUAGGCAAGAUUAUCAAAUGGCUUGCAUAGACCCGGUUGUCCUUUCUUGCAUCCCAAAACAGGAUUGUGGAAGCCAAACUCUACAAAGAAUUGCUAGGCAACUGCAGUUUUACAAACCGCCCAAACUAGACAGAGAGGACCAAAAAGACGUUGGCAGAGGUCCAAUUUAUGCGAUCAACGAACAAUUGUCGGCUUGUGCCGAUUGGAGGAAGAGAAAAGCGGCCGUCCUAAUAUGCCUUUUUGAAGGUCCUCAAGGCGAGCUGCGAGUUAUCCUUACCAAGAGAUCCAUGAAAUUGUUGUCAUAUCCAGGAGAUGUAGCAUUGCCUGGUGGAAAAAUGGAGGAGGGAGAUGUAGAUUAUUCAGCAACUGCUUUAAGAGAAGCUAUGGAAGAAAUUGGCUUGGAUUCAAGUCUAGUUCAAGUUGUUGCAAAUUUAGAGCCCUUUAUAUCCAUGCAGCAUCUACUUAAGGUUAUCCCUGUCAUAGGUCUUCUAGAUCGAGCAGAGGAUUUCAAACCUGCACUCAACAUUGACGAAGUUGAUGCUGUUUUCGACGUACCUCUGGACAUGUUUCUCAAGAUGGACAAUCAUAAAUUCGAGGAGAGAGAAUGGAUGGGUUGGAUGUAUGUUGUCCACAACUUUGAAUUUUUGUCUGAUCAACAUGGGGUUCUUGGCAUCAGGGGUUUAACUGCAAGCAUUCUUAUUCGAGCUGCCUCAAUUAUCUACCAGCAAGCCCCAUGCUUUGGACAACAUCAUCUCCCUGACUUCCAACAACUGCAAAGGACCUUGAUGUAAUUUCACAUGAUGUAUAAUAUCAUAUAACUAGCUUGGAUGAUCAAUAUUAGAGGAGCUUAGAUUAUCCCAAUUAUAUACUGUUUGAUAAUGAAUACCAUAUACAAUUAUUUAGCAUAUCAAAAUUAAUGAAGGUGUAUAAUUCAAUUUAUAUCUCUUAC